AUGUUCACUUCAGCUACUGUUGUCUAUGCAGGCUUCCCGUAUUUCGGCCAACACGGCACAUAUCACGCAGGUGGUUACAACGUUCCGCUGGGAAAGACUCGUGCAUCGGGUCUGCGGUUGGCGACAUUCCUACAGCAGCGCGGCUGGCUGGAUGAGAGAACGCGUGCCGUGAUCGUGGAGCUGAUUCUGUACAACCCACACGCCAACCUGUUCUCCAUGGUGACGCUAGUGGUGGAGUUUACCAACCUGGGAGCUGCCUACAGGGGAGCGGAGGUGGUAACCUUGAGGCUGAUGCAACAAGAGGCCAUCUUACUCUUGGCAUUGCGAGCUGUACUGGCAGUCUUCAUUCUUUUCUUUAUCAUUAAAGAAGCCGAAAGGCUUUUCUCCCGUCCGAUGGAAUACCUGAAAGAUUUCUGGAGUUGGGUGGAACUUCUUGUAAUCGUCAUCGGCGUCGCGACCCUUGGUGUCUACUUCAACGCUCAGAGCAUCAUCGACAAAGCUGCCGAACAGCGGGCAUCUUCCAGCUCCAUUUUUGGCCUCUACAAAAGCGCCGUCAACUGGUUUCAGGUUUACACCUACCUGCUAGCGCUACUCAUCUGCUGUGGCACGCUGAAGUUCAUUCGGCUCCUGCGGUUCAACUCGCACGUCCACGCCCUGACCAUGACCAUCAGAAAGUCCUCCAGACCUCUUCUGCUGUUUACCAUCAUCGCUGGCAUCAUUCUCAUGGCCUUCACUCAGAUGGGGAAUCUUCUAUUUGGCAUCAAGCUUCAGGAAUACAAGAACAUGCUAACUAGCCUGCAGAGUCUAUGUAUCAUGAUGUUAGGUAGUUUUGAUUUUGAUGCUCUGGUUGAUGGUCACUGGGUUCUCGGUCCUUUGAUGUUCUUUUCCUACCAGGUCAUGAUGCAGUUCAUAUUACUGAGCAUGUUCAUGGCUAUCCUCAUGGAUGUGUACGCGGAGGAAAGUCAGGAUCCGAACACUGAUGAUUUACAGAUGAUUGGUUUUAUCAGAGAAACCACUUCAGGGGCUGUUGAAAAAGCAAAUCGUUCCCUGUCAACGGUAGGGAAGAACAACAGCACGAAAACAGUGCAGACCUAUAGACCGGAUUUGGACCAUCGCCGAAAGUUUGCGACUGUACUUAAAGAACUUGACGAGGUUUCUAAAAUUUGA